CCGAGCGCUUCAGUCACUGCGCUCUGCUGAGCGAAUAUCGAAAGAGAGCUCGCAGAUGGAGCAGAAACCAGCAGGACUGCUUUAGCUGCUCAUGGGAAUGCAUCAUCUGUCUGCAAACACUGUUUCUGAAUCCUCUUGGAUUCCACUGUGGUGGUCGUGAGCAGCCACCAUGACGUACACCAACACUAGCACACUGACAGCCAACUUUAGCGGGGUUCCGGAUGGCUUCGACUAUGGGGGAAACAUCUACCGACCCUUCUCUGUUUUCAGUGUGCUAACGCUUACGUUACUGGCGAUGCUGGUGGUGGCCACCUUCGUGUGGAACUUGCUGGUGCUGGUGACCAUCCUACGGGUGAGGACGUUCCAUCGGGUGCCCCACAACUUGGUGGCCUCCAUGGCCAUCUCAGACGUGAUGGUGGCCGCUUUGGUGAUGCCGCUGAGUCUUGUACAUGAGCUGAACGGCAGGCUGUGGAAGUUGGGCCGCGUGCUGUGCCAGAUGUGGAUCUCCUUCGACGUACUCUGCUGCACGGCCAGCAUCUGGAACGUGACGGCCAUCGCCCUGGACCGCUACUGGUCCAUCACCAGGCACCUGCAGUACACGCUCAAGACUCGCAAAAAGAUCUCCAAUGUGAUGAUUGCACUCACCUGGUUACUGUCCUCUAUCAUCUCCUUGUCACCGCUGUUUGGAUGGGGGGAGAUAUACUCAGAAGGGAUGAAGUGCCAGGUGAGCCAGGAACCAUCCUACACCAUCUUCUCCACCUUUGGAGCAUUUUACCUCCCACUUUGCGUGGUUCUCUUUGUGUACUGGAAGAUCUACAAGGCUGCCAAGUUUCGGAUUGGCACCCGCAAGACGAACACAAUCACACCCAUGGCCGAGGUGAAGGAGGAAGCCCAACAGCCCCAGAUGGUGUUCACUGUGCGCCAUGCAACCGUGACCUUCCAGACAGAUGGGGACACAUGGCGCGAGCAGAAGGAGAAGAAGGCGGCCCUUAUGGUUGGAAUUUUGAUCGGCGUGUUUGUGCUUUGCUGGAUCCCUUUCUUCAUCACUGAGCUUAUAGUGCCACUGUGCUCCUGUGACAUUCCGCCAAUUUGGAAGAGCAUCUUCCUGUGGCUGGGUUACUCAAAUUCCUUUUUUAACCCACUCAUAUACACAGCUUUUAAUAAGAACUACAACAAUGCUCUGAGGAACCUAUUCUCCCGGCAGCGCUGA